UAUAGCACAAUAAAGACAUACAAACAUAAAACAAUUAGCAGAGUUGUGUACAAAAACUUUACUAAUGAUAAAAAUGGAAUUUGUGUACUGACCUAAUAAAGGCGUUGUAGCCGAAACGGCCAUAAAAUUGAUUAUUGCGGCGCAUGCCGAAAAGGGAGGAUUCAACAGCAAGACGAGUGUAAAAAAGAGAAAAAAACAAUUUGAAGCAUUUGCGUUGCGGUGCAGAAAAAUAACUAGCAGCAACAACAACAACAACAAGGCUAAUUGCAAUUUGGGUGCAUUACUAACGGGAGUUGCUUAGUGCAUAAGAGAAAAAUCAACAACAACAACAACAUGGCCGAUCCCGAGAGGCAAAGUUUGAUCAACGCGGACGCACCGACCUCCUAUGCAUCCUUUCCAGAUGAUGGCGCCGAAAAUCCUGGCAGCAGCACUGUGGCCAACAACGAAGAUGGUGGCACCGCACAAUCGGUGCCAUUUAUUGGACCCGAUGAGCUGCCUCCGCCGUAUCAGAGCAGCGGCACCGGCGGCGUGCCAAUGGUGACAUGUCGCGUCUGUCAGAACAUGAUUGACAUAACCACCAAACGUGAGCAACAUGUGGUCAAAUGCACCCACUGUAACGAGGCAACUCCCAUACGGAAUGCACCACCCGGUAAGAAGUACGUGCGCUGUCCUUGCAAUUGUCUCUUAAUCUGCAAGAGCUCCUCGCAGCGCAUCGCUUGUCCACGACCCAAUUGCAAGCGCAUCAUCAAUCUGGCUCCCAGCCCAGUGACACCGCCUGUGCCCACCAUGCCGGGCAUGUGCCGCGUCACUUGUGGCCACUGCUCGGACACAUUUUUGUUUAACACCUACCACAACGCCCUGGCUCGCUGUCCACACUGCAGGAGAGUGUCCUCGGUGGGAGCACGAUUCGCUAACAGUCGCGCCAUUCUGUUUGGCAUUGUCGCAUUGCUCUUCCUUCUUGGCAGCAUUGGCCUGACCGUGGGCACCAUCUCAUACGCAUACGAUCACGGCGGCAUGUAUAUUCUAUAUAUUGCACUAUUUGGCAUUGCGACUGCCAUGUUAGCGCGAUCCGUUUAUUAUUUCCGGCUUAAAGUGAGCGCCAUCGACGGGCCCAUGUAAGAUUCGCGGUGUGUCGGUUAAUAUGCAAAGGCAUUGUUUUAUUUUUAUAAAUAUAUAUAUACAUAUAUAUAUAUAUAUAUAUCAUUCCUUUUGAUAUUAAACGAAACCCGUAAAUCGUAUAACAAACUAAACAGCAAACAGAACACAAAAUUGCAAACCUUUUUUCAGGCAAUUCUCACCUCAUUUUCAUCUGCAGAGCCCUCAGCUCCUUUUCUCAAGUAUAUUAAAGCAAACAGUUUAAAAUGUAGUUUUGUCGCGCAUCCAAAAACGAGUUAUUCGUCUUGUAUUCAAACAAAACUUAGCUAAAUCGUACCCCAUUUCAAUGCAUAUUUAAGACUUUAAGCCAAGCGCAUAAAAAACUAAUUAAACGCAAAUUAAUUCAUAGUUCUUUAAGGAGCAAAUGCAAAAUAACAGAAAAUUAGUAUAAAUAAUAGCAGAUGCUUAUAAAGGCAAACAUUAAAAGUGCUAAAAUGGAAACUAAAAACUGUAGUCAGUUGUUAGACCAAGUGACCGACAGACAGACGGACAGGCAGACCACAUUUAUAGCAUAUAUAUAAUAUCUAUAAAACAAAUUUUUUAUAAAUAAAUAAGCUCUAUUUUUCAUAUACUUCUGUUUUUUUUUUAUAUACAAUCGUUUGUGUUCUUGAUAUGUAAAAAUCUGUUUUCUGUUUGUGUUUGUCUCUCAUUGUUUUCGGUAUUUAUUCUCUAUAAAGAAUGCGCAUAGAUUUGAUUGUUUUAACUUUGCCUUUUUCAACAUAUUUGUACUAAGAAUUUAAUAAUGCACGUUUCUCAAUUAACGAACAACAGGAAGUAGUGGAAAGUUUUUUAAUUGGGGCAUUAGUUAUAAUCGAAAGCGAAUUCUAAUAGUGCUAAUGAAUUGCAUAUAUAUACACAUAUACAUACAUACGAUUAACUAAAUAUUGAACAACAAAAGUAAAGCUCAUGCAACAACAAUUUAGACAGCAACAAAAAAAAACAAGAGAAUGAAAGCGGUCGAAAACAUCGUAUAAAUUA